AUGACAUCAUUCUACACGGAAUACAACACGAUAUACUCUAUACACGAUAAGUUGCUUUACAAACAAUUUCGAUUCGCAGUCUCUGACACUAACAGCAUUCCGGCAUGGCAUCUGUUAAUUACGAAUAUUCUAAGUUCAACAGUGGGCUUACUGUGGAACAAGGCGCGUGAUUUCGCAGCAAAAAAGCUAAAAGAUGGCGACACGACGGAUGAAAAAUUUCGUGAAAUAAUUAUUCGAGAUUUAAACGACAUCAAAACCACACUCGACUGUAUAUCCCGUAAAGAUCUACUCAGCAGCUACAGUUUCUUGAAAGAAGGUGUGCUUUUACUUAAUCUAGCGCUUGACCAAUCUAAUGUCAAGCAUACAACGGCACCAGAACAAGCUGAAAACGGUCAAAAUGAAACAUCAGUGUUACCGAAAGAUGGCGAGUGUGGUAUCUUCAACGAAGCCUUGGCACUAGCUCACGCUACGAAAAGGUUAAGUCUAGUAUCGAAUCAGCAUUUUAAAUCUGCUAAAGAUCUUUUGAAAACAGCCCGAGAAAGAGCUACGGAAGCUUUCUGGAACGAAGGCCUGAAUGUUACAGAGAGAAUAAUGGCGUGCAAAUUACGUGUCGUUGCCAGAAUUCUCGAGUGCCUCGAAAAUCCGGAUUCAACAACAACCGCUUGUAGAUUAUUCCUUGAAGAGCUUCAUGGUUUGUCUGCCGUUCGACAAAUAUUCUCAGUUUAUUUAAGCGGUGGGCUUAAGUCAAAGCUAAAUAAAGCCGAACGAUUCGAGAAUGUCAAAUCAGUCAUGCUAACAAAUUUCAUCAUUUUUGAGUUCACUGCGAAAUUCGGUGGUAAAUAUCCCGACGUGCAAUGCUGGCCGACAAUUGAGUUGUCUGAGCGCAAUUUUAACCCUGCACGCGGUUGGUACGAGGUUUGGAAACAAGCGCCGUCGGAUGAAAUGAUUCAACCACCAAAACACCUGGUUACUGAAGUAAUAAAGCCUUAUUCUGCUGUUGUGAACAGCCGAAGUGAGAUAAUCACACGGAGUACUAGUGGCGCUAUAAAAAUUAUUUCUAGCACAAAGGAAAUCAAGGUGGUUAAUUUUCCUGAGCCCCAAGAUGGCGAAUUGAUCUACCAAGUACUGAUGGCACUAGCUGUGGAUAGCAACGAUAACGUGUACGCCAUCAGAUGGCUUCAAACACAAACAAACACUUCAGGUAAUGCAGUGAAUACUAAAAGUUAUGUGAUGUAUGCAUUGGAUCAUAAUUACGAUGUACAGUAUCAGUGUACGUUGGAGUUUCUUGAUGCAACACACAGAAUGGCGGUGAGAAUUGCAACGAAUAAUAACGAUAAUAUUAUCGUCAUUGCAAAUCUCGAGAAACAUGUGUAUAUCUUUGACAAUACCGGACAUUUGAGAUACAAGUUUGAGCGCGACCAAGAUUUGGUAAACUCUUUGAGCAUUUCUGACAAGGGUGAACUCAUAACCAUUCGAUCAAGUGAUCAUGAGGCCGUUCAUAUACACACCCAGGACGGAAUCUUUACGUCAACAAUAAAGGUACCAGAAGGUCACAUAGCAAAAGGGGUUGUGUUUCACUAUGUUAUUUCAAAAAUAAUUGUCCUAACCUAUAACACGAGAAAAGACUCCUUUUUCCUUCUCUGUUAUUCAAGAAAAGGCGAGUUGGAGAGUUCAAUGCUCAUUUGCAAAACGAACAUUAUCCCGAAUAUAACAUCUCAUCCAAGUGGGCCUGUUGCUGUUGUUCAGAAAAGAAGCAUCACCUUUAUUUAACGGUUACACCUACGAAGAUUCUUCCACUGAUUCUUACACCUACAAAGAUUCUUCCACUUGUUACAAUUAUUAUCAUAUUUAUUAUGUAGACGAAACUAUUAAUUGUUUUUAUGUGUAAUUGUAAACCAGUGCAUGCUUUUUCCCAUGUAACUCAUUAUCACUUACCCGUUGAAGACUGCAGACUGGAUAAACUAUUUAGAGUGUUAUUUUCAAG